CGUGAGCGUGAGCGCGCGCGCGCGCGCGCGCGCGAAUCGUGUCGAGUGUGUCUACUCCCUUCGUCGGCUUCGUCCAUGCUCCCGCGUUCACGACUGGCCCCGUGCCCCGUUUACACACCUCGUGUCGCCCGCACAGUCUCGACUCGACGCUUUGCCACUUGCACUUGUCACUUUGCGGGAAUGCACUUAAUUUAAAUGUUAGCAAUGAGACGGUCUUGAACUUGUGCGCGGCGCGGGCGUGCGCUUCGAUUCUCGUUGCGGAGCGCGGAGCGCAUAGACUUGGUCCAGAUGUGCGGUAGGGUCCAGACCCGAAGAGAGCGCGAGUACACAGUAUACAGAAUGGAAGGAGACGAUGGCCCUUCAGCCAUCGGUAAUAAACCCACCAUCAUCAAAGCGGCACAAGAGGAAAUGGGACAGUUAGACGUAUUGGUAUGUGGACAGUGUCAUUCUGUCUUUCAUUUUAUCGAAGAGUUUCAAGAACAUCGUACAAAGGAGGGAGCCUGCUCCAAAGUGUCACAUCUAAUCGAAGAAACAAAAAAAAAUUCAAAAGCACAAGUAUGGGCAUUUCUAUUAUGGAAAGAUACGCAAUUUCAACAAGAUGAAAGAAAAUGUUCGGACAAGAAUACAGCUCACAAUUGGAAGUUAUACCAAAAAUGGUGUAAUAUGGAUACAAACGUGAAGGAGUCGUGGAUCACUGCAGGGAAAACUAUACAAACCUUUACGAAAAUCAGUAAUGCAACGAUGCAGGAUACCCCGAUACAAAUUCAAUCGAAUAUUAAUGUCGAAGGUGCCAAACCGAUAAUAGUUCGUAAAGUUGUCAGAAAUGGACAGCCGGAGGAAACGGGGGAAGCUAAGAAGGAUAUUGCAAAAUCACUGGAAACAAAAACGCAGAAGAGUGAAUCUAUGGAGAUUGAAGUGGAUAAGAAAGAAAAGCCAAGACUGAAACCAUCGAUCAAGCCCAAGAACAAGUCUGGCAAGACAGCUACCGAAGAAGAUGCAGACUUGAGUAACGAAGAAUAUAACGUUGAGAAAAUUUUAGCCAAACGCUUUAAUCCGAGAAAGAAGUGCUCGGAAUAUUUAAUUAAAUGGGAAGGCUAUUCACACGAGAACAAUACAUGGGAGUCUGUAGAGUCUGUAGCAACCUGCAAAAAUAUGUUUGAAGAAUUUGAGCGGAGUCUCGCUAAGCAAAAGGAGACUAAAGCGGCGCAACAGCAAGCCAAUACGAGAGUUGUCGGACGUACGAGUUUGCCAGCGCAAAAAUCAGUGAUAAAAGCUGAGGCUAGCAAACCUGGACCGAGUACGGCGACUCAAGUAGGACGUCCGAUGCGGUCUAGUAAAUCAAAAGCGAUGGAUCAAGUCAAGCAAUGGUGUGGCUCGAUGAAAGAUGAGGAUAACGAACUAUUAGGUAAAAGGAGGAUCGAUGACUCGGAGAGUGAUUCGGAAGAAGGUGGAAGCAGUGCCACAAAGAGGAUAAAAGGUGACACGGGCAGUGAUGACGAGUGGACCGGGGAGUCCGAAGACGAAAGACUAAUGGGCCGUAGCGACGUAAUUCAACGUGCAUUCAAUCGCGCUAAUGCGCAGGCCAAUGGUUCUAACAGAGCCUCGGUUUCGUCCACUGACCUGGCAACGUCGUUAGGAUUACAAUCUCCAGACGGGAAAUCUAGCCAGCCGCCUGUUCUGGUGGCUAACGCCAAGGGGGUUGUUAAAGUCGAUCCCAAACAAAUGCCAAAUUUGGCUUCUGGUCUUUACGUUAUGUCGCGAAAAGACGGUAUUAUCAAAUUGAAUUCGUCUCCCAGUGGAAAACUAGCGGUCAAAGGAUCUCCAACGACGCAAGGUGUUGUAAUGGUUCAAAAUCGAGAUAACGCGAGCGUAAUGAGAAAACAGGUGAUCUCGACGUCGCAGUCCAAUUCGAUGACUCCUGUUAAAGUUGUUUCAAAGAUGGACGGAAGCCAAGUGGUAACGCAGAUGAAGGUAGUCACCUCUAAGGCCGUUACACCGAAAAUUUGCAGCGCGCAAAAGAGCGAGCCUAUAAAGAUACAGCCGAAACCGGAUCCGUCGCAACUGCAACAGAUACAUGUUGUGACUGCGGUGCCGGCACCGAUAACCUUGCAACCGAGAAUAACAACAGGAAUAAGACCUGCCCCAGUCACACCUCAGCGAACGGCAGACGGUCGUCCUUUGUUACCCAGACCAGCAUUGCGUCCAACGGCGGCAACGAGCGUUCUCGGUACAAUUCGUACACCCGUCAGAGCACCGGCACCAAGACAGAUACAGACGCAAGUGACGCGUCCGGUGUUGCAGAAGCGUAUGACGACGGUCGUAAGUGCGCAGCAGGCCGUUUCGCCGGUUGCUGCCGGUACGGUCACGCAAAUCAAGCCAAAAUUCACAGUGCUCGCAACACCUCCGCAACCCAAACAACCGAUCAAAACUGCUACUAGUCCAGUACAACAACAACAACAACAGCAGCAGCAACAGCAACAACAACAAACAAAACCGACUCCGAAAACACCAGUGGGUAAGGCACAGUCAUUGUUAUCUCCGCAGCAAAAGUUAUUAAUGGCAAAGAGAAAGGCCCAAGAGGCAGCAGGUAUAAUUAAACCGGGUGGUCGUGGACUUUUGGCGGGUGCUCGUGCCGUUGCAGGACGAGGCAGAGCAAAAGUAGGUACCGAAACACCUUCGGCAAUCGCUCAGGCGGGAACCAAACCUCCAAAGGAAAGCAAAUUAGCGGAAGGUGAUGGACUUCACAUGGAAUUCCACGAAGUUGGCUCGGAAGAAAGCAGUAGCGAGGGCGAGUCGGAUCUUCCCCCUCCUCCCGAACCAGAUGUCAUUACGGCUCCAGAACCCGACAGUCCACCGCGUCCGUUCACGUUAUGUCCUCUCACGGGACGUAUAAUUGGUCCGGACGGUGAACCGAUUGAACAACCGGGCGAGUCCGAACCCGCUGAAGCAACAACAAAUUCGACCACAGCGAGAACAGCUAGCAACACGUCCGAAACUAUGGCAACAGACGCCACGGCUGCAACUGUCGACGCCAACGUCAAUACUAAUACUAUCAUUACUACCAGCACCAGUAUCGCCACCACCAUUGCCGCCGCCGUCACCACCGCCACCGCCACCGCCACCGCCACCGCCAGCACUACAACGACGACCGCUGCCGCCGCCGCCGCCGCCGCCGAAUUGGUCCUACCCUCUCUCGACUCGCUCACCGAAAGCGGUGGUAUUAUGAGGGUUGAGAUGAGUCCCGGUGGAACGACCGGUACCAUUGUCCAAGCCAGUGAUACAGCACAGAUCAAUCUGUCGAAUGUGACGAUACCUGCGCCGGAUUUACCUUGUUUGGACGAUACCGCUUCUACAGUAACGGCGACCGCUACUCCCAUAUCCACAGCAACACCUUUGGCAGAAACAGUCGCUUCUAGCUCCGCUGAAACGUCCAUUAUUACUACGGCAUUGUCGACAGUUCCGGCAACAUCUACAUCUGUUACUAUGUCAGUGACAUCGACAGACGUCAAGAACGAAGAAAAGAUAUCGGAAGAGAGAAAAGUAACGACGGACGAUGCGUCCAAUCUGGUUACUAUAGCCGAGCAUGGCGUCGUCUAUCAAGUCGCGGGCCAAGCCGAGGAUGGACAGACUCUCCUCGUGACACAUGGUGCCGAUGGCGAGCAACAAUGUGUAUACGUUACCACCGAGCAACAAGGAGACGACGGCUCAGUCCUGACAUUGGAUCACGCAGUUGCCGAGGCUGUAGCGCAGCUGAUCCCCGAUCAAGUAAAUCUCACGCCCCAGUUUUACGUGAAGGAGGAUGGAGCGGAAUCGACUGAAAAUUCAAUGGUCAUGUCUAUAAUGGAUAACGCGAAUACGACCGAUGUAACUGGGACCCAAGAGGAUAACGACGGACAGGCACAAGUUAUAGCUCAAGUGGUACAAGCUGAAGAACCAACUCCAGGAGGAACCAGGAGGGUAGUGCUUCUGUUACCGGAUGGUAAUUUAAUGAUGACCGAGGUGGACGAGGAGCAAUACGCCGCUCUGGAACUUGAUAAGUGAAAAUGAAUAUCAUCUUGCGCAUAUGCUAAUGAAAUAUCAUGGCACGGCGUCGAAUUUGCACGUUGUGCAUAUUGUACGUUUAAUACGUGAUCGUGAAUUGUAUAUAUGUAAGAACGUUCACCCCUCGUACAAUUGCACGUUGAUAACGUCUUAAUAUUCAGUGACUAGACUAGAUAUUGUAAGACGGAGAGAUAGCUGGUAUACUGUAAAAAAAAAGUCAGCACACACCAAGAAAAAUCUAAAUUUUAGACUAAACAAAAAGGAAAUGUGUUUAUACAUACAUAUGUAUGUCUCGAUGUAAAACAAUUUGCAAGCAUCUCCAUUUUUGUGUUAAAAGAACUUUUAUGAUAUCAGCACAGAGAAACAUGAAAUACAAAGAUAAAACAGUACUUUCAAUGCAGUGAUAUCAUUAUAGUACGUGCGGCAAAAUAAGCAUUGUAUUUGUAGUAUAGUAAAGUAUAAUAUGGGGUUUUAUAUUUUCCAAUCAAUAAGCUUUGGUAAAAAAAAAAUUUAUCCACGCAUACAAAGUCCAAGGUGAUGAUACAGUACGGUCGUCCUGUCAGAUGCAUUUGUAAGGUAAAUUGGAUCCAUCUGUGAUUAAAGCAUAUAAAAAAUAUCGCGGUACCGUUUAUCAAAACAUAAAAUUCUAUUGCUUUGUUUUAUCUUUAAGUUGCACGUAUAAAAAUGAAGGAUGAAAUGAAGUAUACUCCUGUGAAUUAUGCUGUCUAAUAGUUAUGUAUACCAUAUUCGUUAUACGAUCGUAACGUGUGUUUUAUAACGAAUUUGAUUGGAUGCGCUGCAGAGUAAUCCGCCUAAAAACGUAAUAUAAGCAUUUUAUUGACAAAAAAUUGGUGUAAUCAUAGAAUAUAUACCAAACGCAAUAUUCCGACCAUGAGUAUCUCGCGCAAAGAGAGAAAGAGAGAGAGAGGCAGAGAGAAAAUUGCCAAUUGUUGAAUCCACUUGGCACUCUAUGCGUAUUCCUUUACAUCGAUUUGCGUAUGACAGCCUUAAGUGUGCUAGUACGCACUAAUGCAUCCAGCCAACUUCGCUAUUGCAUUACAUGGACUAUGUGUGCUUAUCUAUAGAAUAAGUGCACUCUAAUGAAACACUUAUAAUUUUUCUGAACCUAUAAAGCUUAAAAUACAAUGUUGUUGAACGGAG